UCCUGAUGGAGUCAAUAUUUCCAAAGAAGCUCGGAGCGCAAUAUCUCGAGCAGCAAGUGUGUUUGUGCUUUAUGCAACAUCCUGUGCCAAUAACUUUGCGAUGAAGGGGAAGAGGAAGACGCUGAACGCCGGCGACGUUCUCUCUGCCAUGGAGGAAAUGGAGUUUCAGCGAUUUGUAGCCCCUUUGAAAGAAUCCCUGGAAGUUUACAGGCGUGAGCAGAAAGGAAAGAAAGAAGCAAGGAAAGAUAAGGACAAGAAGGCGGACUCGGAGGAGCAAGAUAAGAGCCGAGAGGAAGAGAAUGACGACGACGAUGAAAGGAUGGAGGAAGAAGAGCAAAAUGAUGAGGAGGAGGUGGACAACUGAGCUUGCUGAUGAGGCAGGGGCUGGGGUUGUUCAGAGGGAUAUAAAUCUGUAAAUUAACCUGGUUGUGUCCCCUCUUGUUUCCAGUAGAGCUUUGUACUGUUCUGCUGGGACAGCCCCUUUUGGGCUUUAUUUUGUACAUAAUGGACUUUUGCUAAAGCUUUUCUGGAGGAAGGACUGUUCCUCCCCAGGUUCGGAAGGGGACUGCGUGGGACGGGACUUUUUAUGCUGGGUUGGCUCUGAAAUAGAGGGGAAAAAAGAAAUGUCAGAUGCUUGGUACAGAACUGUCCAGGAGAAUUGAGAGACUGUUGAAUAAGCUCCUUAAACCCAGUCGGGCUGAAUCAAAUGGGUCAUUAACCCUUUGGGGUUUAGAAUCUACAAGAUGACGUCAGGAGGCUUGGAAGCCGAACAUUUAAACUUUUUAUCCAACUGACUUGGGUUGGUUUUUUUUUUUUCCUUCAUUUUCUUGCAUUCUGGCUGUGCCUUCUCUUCCUGCUGUCACUGUGACAGGGACCGGUUGCAGCGACACGGUGCGACUGUCCAGGGACCGGUGUCCACUCACCUGAUUUCCUCCCCCAGAUCAACCCAAAUCAAAAAACCACAGCACUUAGGAUGUAAACUAAAUACCAAAAGUGCUUGGUUUGUGUCUUUUUAAAGCCCUGGGAGGCCAAGAGGAAUUUUGUUGAAAAUCUGAAGCAAAUUUAAUGGCUAAAACACGUAUCAGGAUGAAAAAAGGCAGCUGUGUCAGGCGGUAGGUUUGUUGCAGCUCAGCAGUGGGCACCGGUGGGUGGGAUGCUCUCGGCUCCCUUCCCACAGAGUGCUGGAUUUUGCUGGGAUUUUUGGUGUGGUUUGGGGUUGUUUGUUAUUUUUUCCCCCAACUGGAAUGGACUAAUUGCAAAGGUCCCUCUUGAGCCUCCCGCAGUCGUUCCAGAGGGUGGGAAAGGCUCCUGGAGAGCAGCGAGGACAGGACGUUCCUACCCAGGAAGGGCAGUCCCCAACCUCUGGUUUUUAAAAUAUCUCCUUAAGAAAGCUGGGUUGAAACAAGCUGUUUGCAUUCCUAGUACUCAGAUAGGUUUGUUCUUUUAUACUUGAAUUGUUAGUUUUGAUGCCUUGCCUUUCUCUUCUCUGAGAAAGUAUCUAUUGGAAUAAGCUCUUUUUUUGUUGGGGGGAAAUGCUCUCUUAUUUGGCUGAUCUUUUUGAAGACUCAUAAACACAGUAUUAGAAUUUAACCAAGGUCUGUCUGGUGAAGGAAACUUGAGGCAAGUUUUAGGUAUGUUUAAGUAAAACCCACGAGUUUUGCUGAUGUGCAGUUUUGAAAUAGCACUUGUGAGGAAUUGUGUGUCCUCUUCUCCAAGAACCCAAUGCGGAGCUGCCCCGGGAGCUUCCCUGCCUUUGCUUUUACAGCACGAUGGCUUUUCACACACACGGGCCCAGCUCCUGAAAAGAACUGAACCAACCAAAAUUUUCCACCCUCUAGUUUCUGGUGGCGUGUGACGAGAAGACUUGAGUUGACGAUGUCUUCCCGAGAUCUCCCAAUAACAAAAAAGUCCUGCCGUAUAGCUCUUUUUCCUCUAUUUCUUUUUUUUUUUCUUUGCUUCUUUUCCUCUUCUAGUCCAUACCUGGGGUGCAUAUUCUGGAAGGGAACAAUGUCUAAAUAAAAGCUAAUUUUUUUUACAGAAA